AUGGCGACCGCGGCGUGGACCGCGUCCCCGACGCGCGCGCUCGCUCCCUCGCGCCGCGCGUCGUCGUCGUCGUCGUCGUCGUCGUCGGCCGCGUCCUCCUCCUCCUCCUCCUCCUCCUCCUCCUCCAGAUCCUCCUUCAGACGCUGGCGUGGGGGCUGCCGAACGCGCCUCGCUUCGCGGAUGGCGCGCGCGACGUCGAAGCGCGACGACGACGACGCCGCCGACGCCGUCGCUACAUCAGAGAACGUCGGGGAUAAGGCCAAGUCAGCGCUCACCGAGCUGGUGGUGCGGCCGUUCACGUCGUUCAUCGUCGAGCGCGUGCUGUCGCCGCUGUACGAGACGCGCGACGCGAAGCGCGACGAGUGCGGCCCGGGGAUGUACACGGAUCCGCGCACGGAGACGUGCGUCUUCAUAUGUCGCGAGCGACGCCUCUACGCGCACGACGGCGAGGGGAUCGUCGAUCGCUUCGUGCGAUUUUUCGUCAACAAGCUCACGGGCGCGGGCGGCGACUGCGACGUGGGUUUCUUCUACGACCCGGCGACGCGCGCGUGCGUGCCGAUAUGCAAGCCCGGGUACGUGUACGAUCCCACGGUGAAGAAGUGCGUCGCCAUGGAGGACGAAUUGCGGACGUAACCUUAAGGUUACAGUAGUGUGAUGCGAGCAGCCGAGAACGAACGCGAUUCAAUCUACGCGC